UUGACCCAAGAAAGCUAAAUAUGAAACAAAGUAAGAUCCACUUCUAUAUAAAGGCAAGAAAUUCUUGUAUUAGAUAAUUCUCAAACACUAUCAAAGAAAAACUAUGGCCUCUUCUUAUAAGAUGCUUAUAUUGUUCUUCAUAUUGACAAUGGCAAAAUCAUAUUGUGUUAAGGAGAAAGUGAGUGUAGCAUUGUACUAUGAAGCUUUAUGUCCAUAUUGUUCAGAUUUCAUUGUGAAUCAACUUGGGAAAGCAUUGUUUCAAGACAAUCUAGUCUCUAUUGUAGACCUUAAGAUGGUCCCUUGGGGUAAUACACAAUUAGCCCCUAACAAUGCUUGGAUUUGUCAACAUGGCCCUGAUGAAUGUUCGAUUGACGUAGCAGAAGCUUGUGCAAUCGAGUUGUUGCCUCAACAGGGACAAGGGUUUAAGUUCAUAGAGUGCAUUGAAAAGUUGAACUUGGAAAGAAGGCAUAAAGAAUGGAAAUCUUGUAUAGGAUCACUAAAUUUGAACCCAAAGCCCAUCUUGGAUUGCUACCAAACUAGAAAGGGUAUUGAUCUUGAGCUAAAAUUUGCUGAUGAGACAAACCAACUGAAACCACGUCAUAGAUUUGUACCAUGGGUUCUGGUCAAUAACAACCCACUUCAAGAGGAUUACCCGAAUUUUGCUGCAUACAUCUGCAAAGCCUACAACGGACAAAACAGACCAAAAGCGUGUGAGCAACAUAUACUCGAGGCUAAUUAUGUCAAAGAGAGAAACUCCAGCGUUUGCUAUCGUGGUGAAAACAGGCACUCCUCCAUACCGUUCAACUAUAACUUCUAGCGUACAAGUCAUUGGUUGACUGAUAUUCAAGUAUGAUUGUAGUUGAUCUAAAGCUAAAAAAACUUUUUUGCGCUAAUUAUCUGAAAUCUUAGUGGAAAUAUAUGCGUUUUAAAGUUUGAACUUUAA